AUGAAUAUUUCGGAUGCAAUUCCAUUAAAAAUAGUGGUAGUUGGAGAUGCUAAAGUGGGCAAAACCACUUUAAUUCAAACAUACCUAUAGGAAAUUGAUGGGAAUUAAUCGGCUUCUAAGUUACGCUUCGAUUACAAAAUAGUUCAAGUGGAAAUCUAAUAAGAAUAAUAUUGUGUAGCAAUAUGGGAUAGUGUUGGAUAAGGAUUCUAAAAUUAAAUGAGCAACUUUUUAGUAAAAGAUGCUGAUGCUGUGAUGCUCUGUAUUGAUUUAAGCAAAGAAAUUGAUAUACAAUCCAUCGAUAAAUGGAUGGAUACUCUAAUCAACCGUAGUUCAUCUCAUUGUGCAUAUGUCUUAAUCGGAACUAAAUUAGAUUUAUUUCAAUAAGGUAGAACUUAACAUUUAAAUGAUGCCUUCUCGUAAAUAAGCGAUAAAUAUUCAGCCUUAAAACUAUUAACACCAGUUUAAUACUAGGAUAAAGAGUCUAUCAAAUUAGCAUUCUAAUAAACUUUCGAACAGGGAGUUUAGGCUAAAACAAAAUCAAAACAAGAUUCAACUCUUAAUUUCUAAAGUUUUGUUUUACAAAAAGAUAGAAAUUCUUAUUUUACAGCCAAUUCUCGAUCUAGUUCGAUAAAGAUAAAGAAUUAAAAGAAAGAUUAGUGUUGUUGA